UAUUUUUCUUGUUGUAUUGUGUAUAAUAUCCAGGGGCAACAAUGAGCAUCAUCCUUGAUCUAUCGCCAACACUCUCCAUCCUGAUCUCUGCGGCUGUCUCCAUUAUCUACACUGUUCUCGGAGGCCUGUACGCAGUUGCGUACACCGAUGUCAUCCAACUGUCCUUCAUAUUUGUCAGUCUGUGGCUCUGUAUCCCAUUCAUGUUUCUCAGCCCCGCGGUGACUGACCUUUCACAAACAAUCCAUCUCAAUGAGUCAAACGUCCACUCUUGGAUAGGAGAGGUGAAGCUUGAAGAUGCAGGAAAAUGGACUGAUGACUUUCUCAUGGUGGCUUUAGGUGGACUUUCAUGCCAAUCCUUACACCAGAGGAUCCUCGCGGCGGCCUCCUCAUCCAAGGCUCAGGUGUCCUGCUUUGCUGCUGCAGCUUUUGCUUUUAUUAUGGGAAUCCCAUCAGUGAUCAUUGGAGCUACAGCUGCUUCAGCAGACUGGAACCAGACAGAAUACGGUCUACCCCCCCCUUAUGAGCGUGGAGAGGCAGGGAAUGUCUUGCCACUGGCCCUGUCCUACAUCACACCCGCCUGGGUGUCCGUGUUGGGCAUUGGCGCAAUAGCAGCAGCAGUGAUGUCAUCCAUGGACUCGGCAUUGCUGUCAUCGGCGUCCAUGUUCACGCAAAACAUAUACAAGACGACUUUGAGAAAGCAGGCAUCAGACAGAGAGCUGCAGUGCGUCACCAGGAUUUGUGUGUUGCUGGUGGGCCUGGCUGGGGCCGGUCUGGCAUUCAAUAGGAGUAGCAUCCUUGCUCUCUGGAUGCUCAUUGCUGACCUACUCUACUGUGUUGUGACCCCACAGUUGACCUGUGUGGGGCUCCUCCGAUCUGCCAAUUGCUAUGGCGCCAUCAGUGGCUACACGGUCGCUCUGCUGCUGCGUGUGCUGAGCGGCGACCCAGCACUCGGCAUCCCUCCUGUGCUGCUCUACCCGGGCUGGAGGGAAGAUGAUGGCGUCAUCACGCAGUACUUUCCCUUCAGGACUCUGAUUGCGUUCAUUUCUCUGGCGGUUGUCGUUCUUGUGUCUUGCCUGGUCCAGCUUGGCUUCAAUCACAAUGUUAUUCCUCAGUCCUGGGAUGUGUUGGAUGUUUUCAAAAAGAAAAUUGAGGCAGAAGAGGACGAGACAUCAACACCACUUUCUCAUGAGGGAAAUAACUUUGUCCUGAAUACAUCAUUGUAGCUUCAUAGCAUCUGCCAAAACUUCAGUGUAUGCUAAAAUUGCAUAUAUCUGUGAAGUGGUGCAUUCUGAAUAAUACAUUUUGUUUAAAACAUUGUACAUGUGCAAGUGAACAUCUGGCUCUGUAAGUCUACAUCACAGCCUGCCUGCAUCACUACUGUGAACAACAAAGAUGCAAAGUGAAUUCAGAGAUUUGUUUGUAAAAAGUACAUUUGGUUGAAGACAAUUGCGAAAAAUGUGCAAACACUGAGAGACAGAACUAUGUUGUCACGAACUGCAACGGUACAGCAUUAAACUCUUGUUAACUUGCAUGGCAAGCAAUAUUGUAGUGACUUCUAUAUACAUAAUUUACCACCAACUGCAAAUGUGUGAAUGCAAUGUUUUUUCAUAUGCUUGUCACGGUCAUUUGGUAACUGGGUAGGAGUAAUUGCAGUCCCUUUCAGGACCGCCAUGUUUAGUUUGCUUGUUUCUAUGGAAACUUACUUUCGACGGGUCUCAGUUUGCGCGGGAGCUUUUUUGGUGUG